AAAUUCAAAUUCCCCCUCUAAUUAUCGUUACGAGAAUUUUGUGAAAAUACUCUCGAUCAGAUCGUAAUGGCACCAAAGGCUGCAGAGAAGAAGCCAGCGGAGAAGAAACCGGCUGAGGAAAAGAAGGCGGCGGAGAAGGUCCCCUCUGAGAAAAAGCCCAGAGCGGAGAAGAAGCUACCGAAGGAGGCAGCUGGCGAGAAGAAGAGGAAGAAGUCGAAGAAGAGCGUAGAGACUUACAAGAUCUACAUCUUCAAGGUGCUGAAGCAGGUGCAUCCGGACAUCGGGAUUUCGAGCAAAGCCAUGGGAAUCAUGAACAGCUUCAUCAAUGACAUCUUUGAGAAGCUCGCCCAGGAAUCCUCUCGUCUGGCUAGGUACAACAAGAAGCCCACCAUCACUUCCAGGGAGAUUCAGACUGCUGUUAGGCUCGUACUUCCUGGUGAACUCGCAAAGCACGCUGUUUCUGAGGGCACCAAGGCUGUAACCAAAUUCACUAGCACUUAAUUGCUUUUGUGUUUUUCGUUUAACUUGGGUAGUUGGCUACUGGUUUUAGAGCCUGGCCUCUCUCGUCUUUUCUCUUUCUAGGUUAUGAAAAUAUUCAGUUAUGCCAAUUUCUUGUUUUGAACAAAUUUAUUGGACUUUGUAGGUAUUGAAUGGAAAUAUAGUUCCAGCCGUCUACUCUGGUUUUGUUUAUUGCUAUAAUGUCAUAAUUUGUGUUCCAGAAUGUAAUGUUUACCAGUCUAAUCUGGAUCUCUAAGAUUCUGGGUU